AUAUAUUUUUUUAUAAAGGUCAAAGUUGAAAGUUGAUAGGAGAACCACGUGGUUGGAAGAUACGCGCGAAAGAGUAAUCUCAAAAACAAAUGUGACAAGAGUUCUGAUCUUGCUAGCUUUGAAGUUAAAGUCAAUAACAUGUUCGCGUGUUAUUAAAGUAAAAUUGCUAGGCUACUCAGUUCUGGAGAGAGUGAACAAGCUUAUGUUACACGAAUACCUUAUUUGUUGCAGUUGUCUUUUUUUGCCGGGACAUGAUAGCUAGCUGGCUAGAUUAUUUUGCUAACGUUAAUUCCAUUGUAACGUGCUAGCUAUUUUACAGUUCAAGACGACUUUUCUCAUAUUUAGGGGAGAAAGAGCGAAGGCUGCCUCAAUUGCAACAAUUGUAUUUAGUUCGUUUUGUUAAAAUACGCGUAAACUAGCUAGCUAGCUAACUAACAAAGUAAUGGCAGAAAGACCCGAGGACCUCAAUCUGCCCAAUGCUGUUAUCACGCGCAUCAUCAAGGAGGCGCUCCCAGAUGGGGUGAACGUGUCAAAAGAAGCCAGGCGAGCCAUAUCUCAAGCUGCCAGUGUAUUCGUCCUCUAUGCAACAUCUUGUGCAAACAACUUUGCCAUGAAAGCCAAACGGAAAACUCUAAACGCAACAGAUGUGAUGUCUGCGAUGGAGGAGAUGGAGUUUGAACGCUUCUUGCAGCCUCUACGUGAAUCUUUGGAGGCUUACAAGAAGGGCCAGAAGGGGAAGAAAGAGGCAUCGGAACAAAAACGCAAAGAUGCAAAGGAGAAAAAGAACGAUGUGGAGGAGAAUGACAAGAGCAGGGAGGAAGAAGAGGAGGAGGAAGAGCGCAUGGAUGAAGACCAGGAAGCAGAGAAUGAGGUUGAAGAGGAAGAAGUUGAGAAUUGAUAACUGACUAUUAUUCUUCAUGUAGUAGAGCACUGAUCAGAACACAGAUGUGAAGGCAGGGGCCCUGUUUGAGUACUUGGAAAAGGCACACUAAUAUGUAAAUAUAAUAGUCUCUUGGUUUGAGCAUUUUUAAAACGCAUGAACAUGUUCCAUCCAGCAACAGAUACUCUUCUACACAGCAUUCACAGAUUCAGUUGUCAGAUCAGUGAUUUUAUUUUGAUGAAGGGUGUUUUUUCAAGGUAAACAAAUAGUGCCUUAGCAUUAAUGUAAUAGUUCUAUUCUGUUGUCUUCCAGCCACUGGCUCACUCUGAAUAAAGGGAGUAGUAAUUUAGACCAACAACUAUCUCCCAUCAGUUAUUUGCUGGAAUAAAGCACAAUGCAAACUUGCUGUAUUCUGAUCAGAAAGGCCUUAUACCACAGUUCUAAGACCAUUAUUGAUAUCAUUUGUUGAUGUUCUCAGAUGUACUAAUUAUCCCAAUGUAGAUUUGAUAGCAAUGAAGUUACUCGUGUUUGGUAGACUUGGUGUCGACUGACUCUCCGUCCUCACUGAACUCGUAGAUUUGUGUACCUGACAUCCAAAUAUUAGUCUUUGGCACAAAUGAGAUCAGCCAUGCUUGACCUUAAAAGAAUGAUGCAGAGAAUGUAAAAAAUGUUCAUAGGUUGUGUGGUUGUUGGUCAUGACUCAAACUCUGGCUUUGAAAUUAAUGAUUUGGUCUGUCUGGAAUCUUGGAAGAUGACAAACUAGGAUUAAGGCUUUCAAAAUCAGCCAUGCAAGUAACUAUCAUGUCCUUGUCAGGCUACAGAUUACCAAAAGUGAGCUAUUAUAUGUUGUAGGUGAAUAACUUUUCUUUAGAACAGAAGGCCUCCAGUGAAGACUGUUUUCAGGGGAUUAACUGUGUACUUUUGUAGUGUUGGAUACACUGUUUUUUCAAUAAAGAUUUUUGUAUAAACCA